GAGACUGGGCAUGCCAGGGGGCUGCAGGGUGGAGGGACAGUGACAAUGGAAAACAGCACAGACAGCAGCAAGAGGAGUCAGUCUGGACAGUGGGAAGUUACACCCCAGCCCCCCGAGAAGGGCUACCCAGCCUCCAAAGGGUUAUAUGGGAUGACAAGCUGGUGCCUGCCAGAGGCAGGGCUGAUGGAACUGACGGACCUCAGCUUAGACAACAGGAAGGACUUAGCUUUGUGAAGCACCAGGCUCAAAUUCCAGAGUAACUGGCUGGUGGAGAGGCAGCGUGGACACCGAGCGGGCCUCAGGAGCCUCUCAGCUGAUGAGGAGCUUGGAGGCUCACACACCAUCUUGUCUGGAUCGGGAACAAGUGACUUGAAGUGCAGUGCAUCAUGGCCCAAGAUCUAAGUGAGAAGGAGCUGCUGAAGAUGGAGGUGGAACAGCUGAAGAAGGAAGUGAAGAAUCCAAGAGCUCUGAUUUCCAAGACGGGAAAGGAAAUGAAGGAUUAUGUGGAGGCCCAAGCAGGAAACGACCCUCUUCUCAAAGGGAUCUCUGAGGACAAGAAUCCCUUCAAGGAGAAAGGCGGUUGUAUGAUAAGCUGAUGCGGCCAGAGCCCCUCAUCCUGACUGUCCCCACUCCCUACCCAGAACCAAGUGUCAGGGACACCCUAGGAACAAUGGAUUUCCACCUUCUCUAAGUUGCAGGAUGAGUAAAGUUACCUGAUUGCCUGUGAAUUCAUUCCCAGAUCCCACCCAGCUCUUCUCCCCCACUAUCUCUUCCACCCUCUGGGUCCCUGCUGACCCCACUUGAAAACACUCAGAGGAGAAUGUCCCUGGCUCAGCAGUUGGCAUCUCAGGUGGUGGGGUCUGAAAAGCCUGUAGUCCCUGGGGGUGCUAGAGGGUGAUCCCUAGGAAACCUUCUCUUUCUCCUCCACCGUCUUCCUAGGGACAAGCAUUCCCAUCAGAAUUGGGGCAGGCCCUAUUCCCCAUCUCAAAUCUGAUCCUGCAGUCCUCCUGCCAAGCAUUUCCAUCACCCCAGAUGUCCUGAAAGACAAAAAGAUAGUAAAGUAGCGAGCUCAUGAUUUAUUUAUUAUUGUGUGUCAGUUAUGGGCCGGGCACUAGGAUAGAAAUGGGCAAGACUAACAGGGCUCUGAUUUUAAUGGAACUUGUCAAGGUAGACGUGGAAGCAGGAGUUCACCAUUAAAUAGUAAGUGGCCCUAUGGGGAAAGGAAAAUCAAGGAUGAUGUAAGAACACACAACCUCCAGGACAACGAACAAUGUCAAGGUGACCCAGUGGGGGCAGGGGAGUGACGAGACAUGAGGCCAGAGAGGGAGAUGAGAUCUUGCUAUGGACUCAGCUAAGCACCUGUGUAGGGACGCGUAGGCCAGUAGGAAGCCCAGGAAGUUCCUGGCCGUGGUGAGCAGAAGGAAGGCUGGACUCUGCGAAGGGCACAGUGGAGGAGGGUGAUUCUGGGGCCUAAUCUCUGUGGGAUAUGAUGGGGUGGAGGGCUUAGGAAGAUGGUUAGUCCAGCAGAAUGGGUGCAUUAUGUCCUGGGAGGGAGGACAGGAAAGGCCUCUAGAAGGAGGUGAUAGUCAGAGCUGAGUGCUAAAGGGGUAAGUUGUAAAUGGAGGCAGCCUAUGCAGCCCCGGUUCGAUCUCUGGCAGCUGGUGAGGAUCCCACAUGGUGUGCAGACCUCUCCUGCCACCCACUGCUCCCCUCAGCAGUGUACUUUGUCCUUCUGCCUGCUCUGCUCCCCGCUCUGGCUCUGGUGA